AUGCCGGCGUCCAGAGCUUGGGGGCGGCGCCCGCGAAGGAGGCGUAGCGAGGCCCAGCUCCGUGGGAGGCGGCGUGGGGCCUGGCGCAGUCUGUGGCCAGGAGCUCGCCGAAGGUUGGGCCGGGGCCCGCGGCGUGCGGUUUGGAGCCGUGCGCAUGCGCCCCGCACCUUGCAGGGUCCCAGCCUGCUGGCUCUGGGCGAGGGGGUCGCUGGAGUGGUCGCGGGUGGCGAGCGGCCGCAGGCCCCAGGCUUGGCCUACAGUGUGGAGUUGAUGUGGAGAGAAAUGGGACGCCGGUCUUCAGACACUGAAGAGGAAAGCAGAAGCAAGAGAAAAAAGAAACACCGGAGGCGCUCCUCUUCAAGCAGCUCUUCAGACAGCAGGACAUACAGCCGCAAGAAGGGUGGGAGGAGGCCCAGGUCCGACUCAAGGUCCUGGUCUAGAGACCGCCAGCUUCGCUCGCAUUCUUAUGAGAGAAGACGCAGGCGCAGAUCAAGCAGCAGCUCUUCUUAUGGCUCCAGAAGGAAAAGAAGUCGCAGUCGUUCCAGGGGCCGAGGGAAACCCUAUAGAGUUCAAAGGUCUCGGUCAAAAAGCAGAACCAGAAGGUCCAGGUCAAGGCCUCGUCCACGCUCACAUAGUAGAAGCAGUGAAAGAUCCAGUCACAGAAGAACUCGUAGCAGGUCCAGGGACAGAGACAGACGCAAAGUCCGGGACAAAGAGAAAAGAGAAAAGGAGAAGGAUAAAGGCAAAGACAAAGAAGUGCACAGCAUCAAACGCGGGGAUUCUGGAAACAUCAAAGCUGGAUUAGAACAUCUGCCUCCAGCUGAGCAGGCCAAAGCCAGACUGCAAUUGGUCCUUGAAGCUGCUGCAAAAGCUGAUGAAGCAUUAAAAGCCAAAGAAAGGAGUGAGGAAGAAGCAAAGAGAAGAAAAGAAGAAGACCAAGCCACCCUGGUAGAACAAGUAAAAAGAGUAAAGGAAAUUGAAGCAAUUGAAAGUGAUUCUUUUGUUCAGCAGACAUUCAGAUCAAGUAAAGACGUCAAAAAGGCAGUAGAACCAAGUGAAGUGAAGCAUGUAACUGCAGCAUCAGGACCAGCAUCAACCACUGCUGAGCCACCCAGCACUGGAAAGGAAAUAGACCCUGACAGCAUCCCCACGGCUAUCAAGUACCAAGAUGACAAUUCUCUGGCUCAUCCAAAUCUAUUUAUUGAAAAAGCCGAGGCUGAAGAAAAGUGGUUCAAGAGAUUAAUCGCUCUCCGACAAGAAAGACUGAUGGGCAGUCCUGUGGCCUGAGCACAGACUUACGGUUGGAUUGACAGUAACCUCGAAAACUUAGGUCGUAAAAGACCAAUAUUAACUUUCACUCUUAAAAAUAAUUUAGCCAAUUACAUAAAAAAGAAAUCUCAUUUCUUCCCUCAUGUUCAACUAAAUAUGUGGUAAUUUGAAUCUAACAUUGUGAACAGUGAAUCCGUUAUAAAAGCUCUGAGUGCAUGAAAACAUAUUUCACUGUUAAUAAAGUGGAUAGUAAAAAAUAUUAGUGUUGAAAUAAAUGAACACUCAGUAGUGUUUCUCAUUACAAUUCUUAUAAAGUCAUGGUUUUCACCAACUAUUAGAUAAUUUUCUAUACCAGGGCUAUGUUAUUUAGUAUGAGUAUGAGAUUUCAUCUCCUGUAUUAUGAAACCCUUCUUGAAUCCCUUAGCUCACCUUUCUUAAGGUUUUUAGGUAUCAUAAAAGGUCCCCUAAGAAGUCUAAGCAAUGCCCAUGUUAGAUUUGAGGGCAGCAUGUUUUGUGUCAAGUGUGGACUCAGUCCACUAACCCUAGGCCUUUGGAGGCUUAGGAGGGAUGGUCCCAAUUCCAGUCUACACUACCACAGCAAGUAUUGGGAUACCUCGGGCUAAAUGUUCAUUAAAUAAAGGAAUCGUUUUUGUUUAGAGAUCAAUUUGUAUCACGUGUUCUUUUGAAACCUGUAACCUGACUUCAGUCUUUACCUGUGGAAAUCACAUGCCCAAUAUUUUAGUCAUCACUGUGCAUUGCUGUGACAGAAGACCUGGCCUAACUUCAGGGGAAAGGUGUAUUUUAUUUCGCCUUAUGCUUUGAGCAAUGUCAAGCCAUGGUCAGCUGGCUCCACUCAUGUAGGCCUGUAGCAGGCAGCAACACUGCAAGAGGCCACAUCCCAGGAGAGCCACUCACUAAUGCCUGUCGGGAAGCAAAGAGACAGGCAGGGGCUAAGGCCAUGGUGCUUCAGGGACGUACUCCAGCCACCUGCUUCUAGUCUGUCCCCUACCUCCCGGUAGCUCAGUCAGCUCAAGGGGAAGGUGUAGUCCAUUGAUGAAGUAACAGUCCUCAUGCUCCAGUAACCCUCUCGGUAACUCCACCAGCACACAGCCAGGCUUUAAACAUUUGAGCCUGAGACACUUCAUAGCCAGACCUUAAUGACCAGGCUAGACUAUGUGACUGACCCAAUGUUCAGGAUGGAAAAAGAAUUUCUGAGAAAUAAGAGCUCUUGCAGCACUCCUGCUAGGCAGUGUCUGCCCCCUCCUGAGGAAGCUGCCAUGUCGUGUGUAGAAUGGCAUGUGUAGAAUGACAUUCUCUAAUAGACAAGUGUGGACAUCUCUGAAAUCCAUACCAAGCAUGCCAGAGAGAAGAGCUAUGGGCCUUGCUGUACAAAAUGGGAUUUCAACCCCUGGCACAAACACUUUUUUCCCCAUUUUUCUCUGCUUGCUUUUACACUGACUCUCUGAAGACUGGAGCUGAGGGCACAGCCAUGGGAAGGCCCUGGGACAUGAGGUCAUUUUGAUUCCAUCUUUUUUACACUUUAGAGCUACUGGAGUUCUCUUCUCUGUUUAAGAUGAAAAGCGGCAGAACCUUACACUCGGUUGCAAGUGCUAUAAAAAUGUUUAUGUUAAAAUGUUUGUUUUCAUGUAGAUGUUUUCUUGGUCUAAGCAAAGGCUAUUUUCCUUGGCUCUACAAAUACACAUGCCGAGGAUGAAGGAGGCCCAUGUGGUUGUUAAUGUAAACACAGCUACACAGUAGGGAUUUUGGAAGGGAUUAAUCUCAAAUAUUUUGCUUUUUAAUUCUUUAUAUAAGUUGUAAACUGUGUGUUCCCAUGCUAUUAGGAAGUGUAUAUCUAGGAAUGGAUAUACGCUACCAAUGGAGUCUUCCACGCUUCUUCAUCUCUACUGCAAUGAAAAUGCUGUGAUCUACUCUCUAGUACUCCUUCCCCUAGGUUUCUCAGUGACAGGUACACCAAGUACAGAUGCUUGAAUUGUAACAAAUUUGCAUCUUAAAGAUAAACCUUUUGUGGAAAAUAAAAAAAGGCAAGCUUUGUUUGGUUUUCAUUUGUUUUAAGUAAGCAAAUAAACUUGGUCCUAAAAAACGCA